AGAGACAAGGAGGACACAUAGGAACACUUCAGCAGGUCAAACACAACUGGUGCAGUAGUGUUCUGUAUCGACUGGAGGGGUUUUAUGGCAGAGGUCAGAAAGUCAGACAGGAGAGAGUUGCAGUAGUCCAGACAGGAUAUUACCAUGGCUUGGACCAGGAGUUGUCUAGAGUUUGUUGUGAGGUCAGGGUAGAUCCUGUGGAUGUUAUGCAGGAGAUAUAUGCAGGACUGGGUUGUGGUUUCAGUGAAUUUAGAGGAAAAACAGACUUCAUCUGAUCAUUACUCCCAGGCUUUUAGCCAAUCAGAUUGACAAAAUGAGCAAGUUGUCCAAUUUGACAGAGUUUGACAGGAGGUGGGACCAGCUGGGAGGGGAAGGAUCUAUUCUGGAGAGGUUAAGUUGUAGGCUGUGAUCAGAAAUCUAGGCAGAAAUGUCCGAGAUGCAGGCAGUGAUUCGUGAGGAAAUGUCUGUAGGUCUGGGAGAAAGAAGAGGUAUCAUCACCAUACCAGUGGUAGGAGACUCUGUGGGAGGUGAUGACAGGGCAGAGGGAUGAGGUGCAGAUUGAGAAGAGUAUGCAGAGUAUGUGCCCUGCACAGGAUGUGUACCAUUAAUUUCACCACUAAUUCAUCCACUCACUCUUUUUUUUCUGCUCACACCCCCCACUGCUCAUUUCUGUGCUUGUUUCCUCACAUAUUUCUCCAGUAACUUCUAUACUCACUCCCCUUCUCACUCACUUCUCUACUUAUUGCUCCAUUCAUUUCUAUACUUAUUUGUUGACUCACUAAUUUCCAUACUUUCUGCACUUACAUUUGUAGUCAUUCCUCCAUUUACUCAUUUGUUUAUUUGUUGUUGGACUCAUUCUUUUCACUAUUCAUUCCACCACUCAGUCAUCCCUCAGUUUAAUCAUUUCUCUGCUCUAUCACCCGGUCCUCUGCUCAUUCUUCCACUCAUUUCUUGACUCAUUGUUACGACUUGCUGAUUUUUCCACUUUCUGUACUCAAUCUUCUACCAGUUUCAGUGUUAAUUCCACUGCCCACUCUUUUCACUCUUCAUUCCUCCAUUCACUCAUCUCUCAGUUGACUAAUUUCUCUACUUUUGGCACUCAUACCUCUCUCUCCACUUUUCUACUCUCAAUUCUUCUACAACUUCCUCUGUUAAUUGCCCUGCCAAUUCUUUUCUCUGUUUCUCCCCCCACUCACUCAUCUCUCAGUUCACUUAUUUCUGUGCUCCCAUCACUCCUGUAGCUGUACUCAUUCCUCUACUCACUCUUUUUGCAUAACGGACGCGCGCACAUGUUCCACCGCUGCUGGACGCAGCUGUUAACCCCCGACUCGCACUGACUGCCUUCCAUCUCCUACGCAGUGACACCUCCAGCCCGAGACACGGUUCCCCUUUAAGGUGUUUUUUUUUUUUUCCUCUGCGAGCCUCCGCCAUGUUCGCGUGAGGCAGGAUGACGGAGACGGGAGCGGAUACAUACAGUCCCAGUGUUUGAGGCACUCUGAAUCGCGCGCGCGCGCACAUUCUGACGGCUGUGCAAAGGAGGCGUUGGAACCGUAGGGACGCCGAACCACAAGAGAGUUGCGCUUUGCGGGACAGUCAGUGCGUUUUUCGGGAUCAUUUCCUAGGACAUUCUCUUCCCCUUUUUCCUAUGGCGUAAGCGCAUUUUUGGACACUUCUUCAUUUUGGGGACUGGGGGGGGGGGGCGCCCAGUAACAUUUAAAUAUAACCCGGAGGAGCCAUUCGUUUUGGACACAGUCAGUCACACACACAGUGUAGUCUUUUGGAAAAAAAGUGCAAAACUGUUUGAUUUAUUACGGACUCUUCAAGCUGGCAUUCCUGCGGAAGAAGGAGAACCGCAGCCACAUGUUUAAAGAGCCGGAUUCGUCAUGAAUAUCAAGUAGCGCCGUGAGCUGCGUCCACUUGCGCGCGCCCGCGAGGGAGCGGUUCCACGAGAAGACAACGGAGAGGCGACACGCGCGUUUCUGCGGGAAGGUCACGAACCGGAGGAGAACACUGAAACAUGACAAGUAGCGGUGGGGCGGACACGAUAAACUUAAGGCUCAUCUUGGUGAGUGGUAAAACAAAAGAGUUUAUCUUCUCCCCUGACGACUCAGCUGCAGACAUCGCCAAGCAUGUUUAUGACAACUGGCCAAUGGACUGGGAGGAGGAGCAAGUCAGCAGUCCCAGUAUACUGCGGCUCAUCUACCAGGGAAGGUUCCUACAUGGCAACGUAACACUGGGAGCACUUAAACUGCCACUUGGCAAAACAACAGUGAUGCAUCUAGUGGCCAGAGAGACUCUGCCAGAGCCAAAUUCUCAAGGUCAAAGGAACCGUGAGAAGACAGGAGAAAGCAACUGCUGUGUCAUCUUGUAAACACCUCCUACUAUGGGAUGCAUUGCAGUCUGUCUGUGACUCUGCUCUAGUAGAUGACCACCUUGACAUAGGAGACCAGUAGAGGCUGGGGGUGGGGGGUGGGGAAGAGAAAUCAGGAUGAAAAAAAAUACAAUGAUGUAAAUCAUCUCUCCCAUUCAUGUUUCAAACCUCAGUUUCUGCCCUUCUUCCAUUCAGGCCUGAAAGACUGAUGGUUGAAUUCAAACAGUCCUCAGAUGCUGGGCAUUAAUCCUGCUGGUGCAGUGUGUCUACUUUUAGUAGAGGCCACCUCCCUUGCUCUGUCACGUGACCUGGCUGGCUGCUCUAAAUUUCCCGCAGGCAGGAAUAUACUAGCCUGAGAUGCUUUUUAAGGCUUGCACCUUAUCCCUAUGUUUUCAGGGGACUGGUUUAGGAUAGAGGACAUACCCACAAAUAGUUUUUGUUUGCUAUCGUAGGGUUAACCAGACAUCCUUAGGGAGACAUUAAGUGAUGGCUAAAGCUGUGUGGGUGAGUGCUAUUCAGUGCAUAAUUUAACCACUAAAAGAACUAAGCUUUUUAUUCAAGAUAAUCUGAAGCAGUGUAAGACUGAACAUUUAUUGUGCCUCUAGUCUCAAUUCAGUCUGUGAGGGAAUUACAAAAUCUAGUCUUUAAGAGCAUCAAAAUGAACAUUUCCUCCAGUGUUUGUCAUAUUUGUGUUGAUAACUUUUUGCAGUUGCACAAAAAUGCUGAAGCAUGAGGUAUUUCAUAAGAAACUGUACAAAAAAAUUGUUUUUAAUAUUUUCCAAUAGGAACUGUGUUCCAGUCUAAGAUUAUAUGUGUAGAAUAUAUUUAAUAUGAGUCUUAUAAACUAACACAUAGAUAUUACUUAGGUUUAUUGAUGUUUAGUGUAUGUUACAUAGUGUUUGAAACCGUCUCUCAAUGACAAUGUUGUGUGACUUAGAAGGAAAUGAUAACUCAAGAUUUAUCAGGUAUUUUCUUAUCUUUUCCCCCAUAAACUUCAGCUCAUCAUGUAAUUUUUCUUCAGAUAUUAUUGCUUUGAUGGAAUGCAAUAUAAUGCUGUACAAAAAGAGUUUUCAGAUCAAUACAUUUUUCUUUGUAACAACUUCCUGCCAAUAUAAAUAAAUAAUAUGGAACUCUAA